UCAUCCGUCAUCACCAACACUGUCCUGUCACACAAAGAAAACGCACUCUCUUGCGUAUGCCUUCUCUGACCAUAAAAAAACAAGCAAAAACCAAAACAAGCUCGGAGCCGCCCUUACUCGCAAGUUGGAAACUGACAUAUCUCUCUGCCACGUUUGUGUUUUGUCUUUUGGUGGAGAUUAGGUUCUUUUUUCUUUCUUUCUUUCUUUUUUAAAAACUUGCCAGAAAGGCUCUGAGAUAAUAGAAGAAAAAAGAGAGGGGCUUUACAUCAAGUCCGAGAAGAAUUUCUUGCUCUGUAAACUUGUUUCUUGUGGAGAGAGAGAGAGAGAGAGAUGGAGAUGAUGUAUUACCAGCUUGCAGGCUCGUCUUACCAGGACUCACUGGAAGUCUUGGAGGCUGAUAUACAGCAUGCUAAUGCUCUGGCUGCUGCAAUCCCAAGAGCCAAGGGUGGUGCACGUCUUCAAAUGAAAUUGGUGUACAAUCACCUGGCACCCCUCUUUCUGUUUUUGCUACAAUGGAUGGAUUGUUCUUGGACAUGUCUGCUCCCCAGAUAUCUAAACCUCUUCCACAUACUUGUAUACAAGGUAUAUACAGAUGGCAGACCAAAUAUAUCCAUGCACGGGAGGAAGGCAACAAUUAGGGACUUUUAUGCUGUUAUAUUACCAUCUCUUCAACGGCUCCAUGGCAGCUUGGAAGAGUUAAAAUCUGCUAAAGAAUGGAAUCAAGGCAUGGAAAGUUCUGGCAGGAAUAGCUUGGAAGGAGAUGGAAGACUUGUCAAUGUCGAUUUGGAGAGAGAAGAUGAAUGUGGGAUUUGCUUGGAGCCUUGCACCAAAGUGGUCUUGCCUAAUUGCUGUCAUGCAAUGUGCAUCAAAUGCUAUCGCAAUUGGAACACAAAGUCAGAAUCCUGCCCUUUUUGUCGUGGUAGCUUAAAGAGAGUCAAUUCAGAAGACUUAUGGGUGCUUACUUGUAAUGAUGAUGUUGUUGAUACUGAAACGGUUUCCAAGGAGGACCUGUUGCGUUUCUACCUCUAUGUCAACAGCCUGCCAAAAGAUUACCCUGAUGCCCUUUUCUUAGUGUAUUAUGAAUACUUGAUUUGAAUUGAAGUAAAUAAUAAGAAUUGUGUACAGGCUACAGAUAGAAAAGCCGACCUUCAAUUGUGAAAAGAGUCUGGUAAGGAAAUUCUCUGGGAUUUUUACACAGAAUGACAGGUUCUGAAUUGCACUUAUUUUAUAAUUACGAGUAUCAGUCUAAGAUAGUUUUCUGAUCAAUGGUAAAUUUCUUGUAUCAGAAAAUUCCUGUUUAUGUUAAUAAUCUACUGAAGUUUCAGUACAAUGCACAUUGAGGUGUGCAUUAUUCUUUUUGAACAGUAAUGACUAUGAAUAGAGAAAUCUACAUAAUACAUGUUCAGAAUUUGGCUUCAUAUGUUCCUACUUAUUUGGCUCCUUGAUACCCUCUGAUUUUCUCAAGCCUUAUGAUCUCUCUCUAAUUGAUGCAUAUGGUGGCUCUCUCUUUUUGCCAAUUUUGAAGUACUAACGUGUUUAUUAGAAUUUGUUAUCAGAGUGUCAAAGUAAUUGGUCUGGGGGGGAUAAGGAGGAAGUUAGAUUAUGCAUGAAGUCUUUCAAUGUUUAGGUUUCAUGUUUCCAUGCUGUUUCUCCUUGCUAUUAUGAUUGUGUGACACUUGGAAGUCCAGUGUUGUUUUCACAACUCACAAGCAUUAGCAAUCAGCCCAUUAUGGUGGAUUUCUGUGGUUCGGGUCUUCUAGCCAAAAGAAGGGGAAAAAUCCCAUGGUUAGGGACAACCGUUCCACUGCUGUUUAUGAGGGAUACCUACUCAAUGAUUUUGGGGAAUUUAAUUUUUUUUUUUCCUCGUAAUAGAUUACCUCAUUUUUUGGCGUGUUGGAAUAGGAGGGUCAGCCAGAAUAACAUCAUUAUCGUUUGGAAUGCAAUUUAUUCCUUUUUGUUGUGCAUUUGGAGAGAAAUGAAUGCUCGAAGCUUCGAUGAUCAAGAGAGAAUGGACUUGGAUUUACGGACAUGUUUUCUUAAAGCCUUAUUUGAGUGGAUCUUUACUACCACCUUUCUCCAUGUCUCUAGCAAUGCAGUUUUAUGUUCUUUUUUUUCUUGUUCUUGAUUUGCUUGGUGUUUUUCUCUUGUAUAUUUUCUGUGUAUCUGGAUUGCACCCCUUAAAGCUUUUAAUGAACUUCCGUUACUUAAAAAAAUCUGCAAGAAACAUGGGGCUACAUCCUGUCUCUGUAAAUGAUUAUGGAUGAGCAAUGGUCACAUCGAAAAAUGGAAUUAACGCAGAAAGUUAUACAAAACUGAUUCUAUGAUUGGAGUUUAUUACAGUUGCCUUGCGUGCUUCUGACCUUUCGUUGUUGUUGGACCAACUUUUCAAUGUAGUAUUACUUUCAGUUAAUCAAGUUACUGAUUUUGACUCCUAGAUGAUUGUAUUCCAUAGCUAGCUUGCUUCUGUGGAACUGUUUUCUUGAGAAGUGCACACAACUUAACAGCUUCAGACAGCAACAAUAACGCUGGAUCUUUUUCCCUCAUGGCUCAUGCCGCAAGUAAACUUCAUAGGAAAACUUACAGUUGAACGGUGUCAUGCAUGAAUACUGGAAGAUUUGACAUAUUCUGAUACAUUGCAGAUUUGCAGUCCUUUUUGUUAUUUACGAAACUGUUACUUGAUUCUUCUAUGUUGUUCAUAUCACAAAAAGACCAUUAGCUUGUUUACUAUAUGCUGAUAUAGCCAUGUUAUAUGCUUUUAUCCUUGAUUAUCAGGCAUAUUAGAAAGAAAAAAAAUGUUUUAGUUGCCUAGUGAGGAGAAACAUGAUGGUUCUUGCCGCGCGCAUGGCAAUCAGGUUCUUCAAGAAGGCAGCUGCAGAACCUCAUGUAGCGGAUUGGAUUUUAUAGCAUCAAAAGGACCGACUUAAAUGCCCUUUCUUCUUACUGUUGAAAGAAAUGUGAUUGAUCCAUGUGCUCGGCGAAUGAUGGUUUACAGUAGUUUUGAUUGAAGAAGAGAUCAGCCAAGUGUUGAUGCAUGGCUUCAGUGAAGUGAACCCCAUCCCAGUUAAUGUACUUGUUGGAGUCCUUGAAGGUGGCCGUGCCAGUAGAUCCACACAGGCGUUUUGGGUCGAAGUGGAGUGGUCCGUCCCCAGCUCCACAACAUGCCUUGAAGGGUUCUUCAAAUUGGUACUGCUUAUAAUUUGUCAGUAUUGUUUGGUAUGCACUCCAGUAAUCAGCAUAUACGACCGUACAAUCCCUGUAUUGAUUCCUAAUUUCGUCCAACUUCCUCUGGAGAAGAUCGUUGUGGGCCAUUAUCACCGCGUUAGCACUCGAUGAACACCCCAACUGAUCACGCUCAUUCGUGGGACAAGAUGACACGUGCAAUGGAAGGCACCCUGCUGGUGGUAGCCCUUGAACCACGACAUACUUUGCUCCCUUGUCCAACACCGCCUGCAGUCAAAGAAAAUAUGCUUAUUUUACAGCUGAGAUUGUAAUCUUUAGCGAGUUAAGGUUAUAUAUAUAUAUAUAUACUAGAAAAAUAAAUGCAUGUAGUAUCAAUGCUUACCCUCAGCAUUCCGCAGACA